AUGGGAAUGCCCGGAUCGGAAACCGCCCUAGAGGAGCUAAUGUGUCGUGUACUGGGAGAUUGUCUGCAGGACGGUAUCGCAGCCAAACUUGCCGACGAUCUCUACUGUAGAGCUGACUCACCCGAAGCCCUUUUCGAGAAUUGGCGUCGCAUCUUACAAGCUCUUCUGAAAUGCAAUCUCCAUCUUUCUGCUUCAAAGACCAUUAUCUGUCCCCACUCGACUAUCAUGCUUGGAUUGAUAUGGACAGAAGGACGUCUAUCUGCCAGUUCACAUCGCAUUGGCACGUUGUCAUCGUGCCCCCCACCUGACACUGUUCGUGGUUUACGUUCAUUUGUUGGCGCAUAUAAAGUCCUGGGCAGAGUGUUACCCAAGUGUUCACACAUCAUAGCCCCACUGGAGAGCGCCAUUGCAGGUCAACAGUCAGACGAGCGCAUACUGUGGACAGAUACGUUACGCGAACAGUUCCGCUCUGCACAAACUAACCUCACUACACGGAAAUCCAUCACUCUGCCACGACCAUCUGAUCAACUUUGGAUCGUUACGGACGGAUCAGUUACCAAACACGGUAUCGGGGCCACCCUAUACAUCACCCGCAACGAGAAGCUUCAUCUCGCUGGCUUCUUUAGCGCAAAACUACGAAAACAUCAAGUCCCCGGGUUACCCUGCGAAAUCAAAGCUCUUAGUAUCGCUGCCGCAGUUAAGCACUUCAGCCCGUUCAUUAUCCAAUCCACCCACCAAGCAUGUCUAUUAACGGACAGUAAACCGUGUGGUCAGGGUUUUGAAAAAUUAUGUCGCGGCGAGUUUUCGGCGAGCCCUUGA